GAUGCUGCCUUCGAAGCGAUCAUGGCGGGCCGCAUCCAAAAGGGGGACGUGCUGGUGAUCCGCUUCGAGGGGCCCAAAGGCUCCCCCGGCAUGCCCGAGAUGCUCAGCCCUGGGGCCGCUUUGGUUGGCUCCGGGCUCGGCAAAGACGUGGCCCUGGUCACAGACGGCAGAUUCAGUGGCGCUUCCCACGGCAUCAUGGUGGGCCACGUGACGCCCGAGGCCGCGGCUGGCGGCCCCAUAGGAUUGCUUGUGGAAGGCGACAUGGUGACAGUGCGGCCAGCCACCCGAGAACUCUCGGUGGCCCUCUCUGACGAGGAGCUGGCCAAGCGGCGAGCGGAGUGGCGGCCCCCAGCAGCAAGGCCAGGGACGUUUGGUGUCUUGGCCAAGUACGCAGCGCAGGUCAGAUCGGCCCACGUAGGGGCGACCACAUCAUGA